AUGGGCGCCGGCCCCACGGCAGCGUCAGGCAUCGCACGCGUACUCGCGCACCCAGCACGAGGAAACCUGGCCGUGGCACUGCUCAGCCGCAGCGGCGACGCAGGGCUCGCGGAGCGCCUGUCCCGCGAAUCCAAUGGCGGCGUGCUCCGGGCAUUCAAGACCGACACGUCGCCGGAGCAGCUCGGCAAGACCGUGCCGGAAGUGCAAAGCUGGGCGGAGUCGUUGGAGGGGACCGGGAAGGGGAAGCUGAAGCUGCGCCUCGCGGUCUGGAACGUGAAAAACUCGCACCGCGUGCCGUUUGAGGAGGAGAGCCCCGCGGCCUUCGCGGAGAGUCUGCAGGUCUAUGUCACCGGCGCGAUGGUUUUCGCGCAGGAGGUGCUGAAAUGGAUGGUCGGGCAGGAUCUAGGGCAGGACGAGGACGGGGAUGUGCAGGGGAUGAGGAAGAAAGGCACGCUCGUCUUCAUCGGCACGCUGGGCGCGCUGCGCACGAACCCCAAGUUCGCGGCGUAUGGCGCUGCACGCGCGGGCGUGCGCAUGCUCGCGCAGAGUCUGGCGAGGGAGUACAGCGAGCGUGGAGUGCAUGUCGUGCAUGCGAUUGCGAACGGGUCGAUUGUCGAUGUCGAUACCACGGACGAGGAGUUGAGGAAGGGCGUGCAGGAGAAAGGGGCGCUGCAGAAGGUCAAGAACGGGGAGAAUAUUCGUGCCGAGAGUGUGGGGAGGUUGUAUUUGAUGCUCGAGGCCCAGAGUCCGGAUCUCUGGGUCCAUGAGUUGGAUAUGCGGCCUGCGAAGGAGAAAUUUUGA